AUGUUUCAAUCCAAAGCAUACGAGUACAAAGGUUACGAACACCUUCACCCAAUAACGGAGCUUUCACGUGGAAGAUACGGCACGGGGGUAUUGCUGGUACAAGAUGUGAAACGGGGCACACACCUGGCGGCCAAGAGAGUUUCCAUGCGAGACCGUGAGACUUUUGAGCGACAGAUUACAUGCCAUAUGCGUGUAUCUUCCCAUCCUGCCAUAGUUAGGUUUAUGGGGGUGUUGCCAUCAUCUACCACGUGCUACCAGUAUGCCAUGGAAUACGUCAUGGAGGGUAACUUGCGACAUCUUGUGGUGAAGGAUAUAGGACUUCCAGAUGAAGCUACGAAGUGUAUCAUGCGGCAACUUCACCAAGUCAUAAGCUACCUCCACGACACGACCCACAUCAUACACGGUGACUUGCGACCCGAGAAUAUACUCAUGUCUUGCACAAGCCGAUGCAACAUUAAGCUAUGUAACUUCAGCAAAGCCCACAAUAUCGGAUCGUGCGUGAAAAUGAACUCCAAACCAGGGAGCGUGAAUGGCUCCCAACAUACGUCAUGGCGGCAUCAUUUACGUCACUUUACGUCAUUCCUACGUAAGCGACGACCUUCAAUAAAUCUGGAUCGAAUCGACCAAGAGGAAGACAUCAGCGUCUGUCUUUCACCCAACAACUCCCCCCUAAAAAGAAGGCCAUCUUCAAUACGUAGAAACACUUGCACACCGACUGAGUUUCAUGAGUAUACAGUGGGCGACAUGAAAAGGGAACUAAACUCGGAAAUCUUUUCACAAGCUUUCACUGCACCAGAGUUAGUAAACGCUACAAGGUACAUCGCUUUCAAUUGA